AAUAGAAUGGCUGCAAAGGCUGGGGGACAAGUUGCAGGUGGCCUGCUGCAAGUGAGCGCACGAUCCAUUUACUGCAAUAUCUCUACCUUAAGGCAUAUAAGCUCAUGUCAACAAAGAAAAUCACCAGCCCCUUCGGCAUCUGCAUCUCCUCUUAACAGAUACGCAGAGAAGAGGCAGCCUAGCCACUUCCAGGGAAAGGAUGUUCUACCAUUUUCCGAGUUUCUCACUGACUCUUUUGGCCGACAGCACACAUAUUUGAGGAUUUCACUGACUGAGAGAUGCAAUCUGAGAUGUCAAUACUGUAUGCCAGAGGAGGGAGUGGAUUUAACCCCCAAGAAUAAACUCCUGUCCACAGAAGAGAUAAUAACCCUUAGUAGGCUAUUCGUAAAGGAGGGGAUUGAAAAAAUCAGACUAACAGGAGGAGAGCCACUCAUCCGGAAAGAUUUGUUAGAUAUAAUAGGUGCAUUACAUACUUUGAGAAGUGCUGGUUUACAGAAAAUAUCAAUAACAACAAAUGCGUUGACAUUGUCCAAGAAAUUACAACAGCUAAAGACUGCUGGACUUGAUCAAAUUAAUAUCAGUCUAGACACACUUCUUCCUGCCAAGUUUGAAUUUAUCACUAGAAGAAAAGGAUGGAAUAAGGUGAUUGAGGGCAUUGAUGCAGCUCUUGAGGAAGAAAUGCAUCCUGUAAAGGUAAACUGUGUAGUGAUGAGAGGGAUCAAUGAAGAGGAAAUCUGUGAUUUUGUACAGUGGACCCAAGACAAGGCAAUUGAUGUACGGUUCAUUGAAUAUAUGCCAUUUGAUGGGAAUAAGUGGAAUUCUAAGAAGAUGGUUCCAUAUCAAGAAAUGUUAGGCAUCAUCAGAGCUAGGUGGCCAGACCUGGAGAGAUUGAGUGAUGAAGUCUCUGAUACUUCCAAGGCUUAUCGGGUCCCAGGUUUUGCUGGUCAGAUCGGCUUCAUUACCUCAAUGAGUGAUAAUUUUUGUGGAGGAUGCAAUAGGGUCAGAAUUACUGCUGAUGGCAAUUUAAAGGUAUGUUUAUUUGGAAAUGCUGAGGUGUCCCUGAGGGAUGCCCUGAGAUCAGGCACAUCUGAGCCAGAACUCUUGGAAAUAAUUGGAGCUGCAGUGAAGAGAAAGAAGAAGCAACAUGCAGGCAUGUUGUCCCUAGCAAAAAUGAAGAACAGACCAAUGAUUUUGAUUGAUAACAAACACCAAACUGUGAUGCCAAAAUUUACUGCAAAAUACGCACAGUGUCAUUUUAAGAGUGCUACUGAAGGCAUGAAGAGUCCCAUGUAUAACAUUAAACACUGUUCAUUACCUGGACAGGGAUUUGUAUUUUAUUCACAGAAUUCUUAUAUGCAAACCCAGUAUGAUGGUGUUUCUUGUCGACAUUACUCAAAGAAAACAAGUGACAUCAGUGGGGACAAGGAGCACCAUCAGAAUACCAAAGAGAAAGAUCAACAGAAGCAAUAUACAAAUUUAGAAAGUGACUGUGUGACUGACAUUGACACCAUGAAGUACUGGGGGAGUGAUUACUAUACUUUUGUUAACACAAAUAAUCAAAAGAAAUUAAAAGGUGCUGACAGUGGAAUGAACCCUCCACUUGCAUUUGUCCAAAAUAAUAAUCCACCCAAGUAUCCAGAUGUUGAUACCACAUACAGUGAACAUUACAACAAGAUUUCCCAGCUGCCAUCAGAAAUUGAUGUCCCUGAAUUGACCCACAUUGAUAUGGAGGGCAAGGCACAGAUGGUGUCUGUUGGACACAAGAAGAACACACUGAGAACAGCCACAGCAUCAGGUGUAAUCACAGUGGGAAAAGAAGUGUUCCACCUCAUAGAAUCCAACCAGGUGAAAAAGGGCGAUGUGUUGACUGUGGCAAAACUAGCUGGGAUCAUGGGUGCAAAACAGUGUUCAAACUUAAUCCCACUGUGCCACAACAUUCCUUUGAAUUCCAUUGAGGUAGAGCUCAGUUUGGAUGCAGUCUCUCACAGUAUUCUCAUUGAGGCAACUGUUUCCUCUUCUGGAAAAACUGGUGUUGAGAUGGAGGCUCUCACUGGAGUCACUAUUGCUGCCCUGACUGUGUAUGAUAUGUGUAAGGCUGUCACGCACAAGAUGGUCAUCCAUGACAUCAAAUUAUUGUCUAAAUCUGGUGGUCAGAGGGGAGACUAUAAAUAUAAGUAAUACUGCUGUGAUGAACUGUGAAACAGAAAAUUUAAAAAAAAAACAAUAUCAUGUGUUGACAACGAUCAGGUAGACAGGGAAAAGUAAAUAGUUCAAAUAUUAGUAAAAUUGUUAUACUGAAAAAAGAUUAAAGAAUGUUAAUUGUUGAUAAAGUCGGUGAGACAGGGGAAUGAGAGUAAACUUUUAGCAUUGAAAGAGUGUUUCAAAUAUUUGACAUGUUUUUAAAAAGCUAUUUUUAUAAGUUAAAUGUUAAAUUAAGUUUUUAAAGGAUCUAUUUUGGUUCCAUUAUGGUGUUGUUCAGCAUGGGUAUGUCAGAAAAAUGCUUUAAUUGGGUAAUGUUUACGUCUUCCUGGUGACUUGUCAUUUUAUUGAUAAAAAUCUAAAAGUAAUAUCAUGUUAUACAUUACUUAUUUGAAAUUGUUUUGUAAAAAAAUUUAAG